AUAUUUAAUUACUUAACUUUAAUGAAAAUUUGUUUUUUUUUGUUCAUUUAUUAACAUUAUUAUGUAUUCUAACAUAUUUAAAAAGACAUUUGUUAAGUGACUAGAUGAUAAUCAGCCAGAAAUAUUCUCCAUCUUGUGUAAUAGAUUAUUAUUUUUAAUUCCUUCAUGUUCAUCAGUGCCAUCAGAUCUUGAUACCAGUUUUAACAUGGAGGAUUUUUGCAUAGUGCAUGCAAAAUGAAAUGAAUACAUUUCUGCAUCCAAAUUUCGAUCUAACAUGAGAUAUGCAUUUGAAAAGUUUCGUGAUAUACUUCACCUUUCAUAGGGUUUUAACAGCAGUGUCAUAAAGAACCAUUUCCGGUUCCUCAGGACAAACAGCUCUUUAAGAGAACCAGAGAAAAGUUUGAAAUAAUCUCAAGAAACUUUUGUGGCAUGGACAAGGUCUAUGGAUGCCCACAACAAAAUGUUUGAAUUAUUUUGAUUUAAUAUGUAUUUACAUUCAUCCAGCAGAUGUGCUCCUCGGUUCAGGACUGACUGAACCUUUCAAAGAAAACCUUCAUCAGCUUGAUCGAAACUCAAAAUAAAAUCUAGCCAUUUUUCUCGAUUGCAUUUUCAACAGUUCAGCAUGCGGUCUGCGCGAAAUAAUCAUUUAAUAAUUAUUAAAAUGAAGUUUAAACAAGGUAUAGGUUGUAUAUGUCACAAAGGCAGAUGAAACAUUGACACUACUUUUGUGUAAAGAACGUUUACGAACGUAUUUUAAAUGCAAAAAUGAUUAAUUUGUCAGUUUUUAAUAGUUAUUGUUUUAAAAUACUUCAACGAAAAAAUGUUUUAUUCUUAUUUUACCUACAAGUAAAGACGCGAGAGACUGGUCGGAAAUAAUGCUGAAGUUGUUAGAAACGCAACAAAUGCACGCGCCAAAACUUCCCUCGCGCGCGCGCGCGGUUUUCCCUUCCCGCAUCAGGUUUCCAUUCAUGCAUCGGGACGAAAUAAGUGUGUGACAGUUAAUGUGCUCCUCGGUUUAGUCAAACAACCCGAUCAUCCCGUCAGGCCCUGGGCGAGCAGCACCCCCGCCGAGCGGCUAAUGACCGAGGCGCAUAAUCCUCCUCAAAACAAGCGCAAAGAUGCUAAUUCAAUCUCUCUAUAAAUAGGCUUGACUUCUGCCGCUCCUCCUUUACUAGAACUGGAAGACGCCGGCGUUCCGCGAUCCCCAGCAGAUAUCCUACCGGGAAAUCGCUCGCUUUAGAGGGCCGUUAUAUAACAGGUGCGUCCCGGAGCGCUCGCGAAGCCGAAGUCGCGCGCGAUGGUGAUAUAAACGCGCGCGCCGAACGCAACCCCGAAAACCUAGCCAUGUUUCCUCUGCCGCUCUUCACCCCCGAGCAGGUGGCUCGGGUCUGCGAGAACCUGGAGGAGACCGGGGACAUGGAGCGCUUGGGUCGCUUCCUCUGGUCGCUGCCCGCCGCGGUGCCCGGUUCCGCGGGAGAGCUGCUCAACCGGCAGGAGUCGGUGAUGCGCGCCCGGGCGCUGGUGGCUUUCCACGGCGGGAACUUCGAGGCUCUCUAUCAGAUCCUGCAGAGCCACCGCUUCACCCGGGAGUCCCACGCCAAGCUGCAGGACCUGUGGCUGGACGCGCACUACCGGGAGGCGGAGCGCCUGCGCGGGAGGCCCCUGGGCCCCGUGGAGAAGUACCGCAUCCGGAAGAAGUUUCCCCUUCCUCGGACCAUCUGGGACGGAGAGCAGAAGACGCACUGCUUUAAGGAGCGGACCCGCAGUCUCCUGAGGGAAUGGUACCUGCAGGAUCCUUACCCGAACCCCUCCAGAAAGCGGCACCUGGCUCAGGCCACGGGACUCACACCCACUCAGGUGGGCAACUGGUUCAAAAACAGAAGACAGCGGGACAGGGCGGCGUCUGCUAAAAACAGGCUUCAGCAAGAUUCGUCUCUCCUUCCGCCUGGAAGCUCUCCAGAAUGUUCCUCGGAGCACAACACACACCUCCAGGGCUCCUCGCCGCACCGUCCCAGGAGCCCGGGGGAGAACAGCGACUGCAGCUCGGGCACGGGGCCGCGGGGGACCGGGGCCUCCACGCCAGACAUAUCCGUCAGCAGCGACAGCGACUUCGAGUCGUGAAGAACGAACGCCAGAGUCUGGAGCCUCCGGACCGCCGCUGCAUGCACUUAAAGGAAAGACCCGACGCGGAAAGCUCUCAGUUACUCCCUUUUUUCCGCGUCCGGCCCGUCCCCGACCGAAGAGGAGCUACCGGACCUCUCGAAAGGCACGUGCCAAAUCGAUCUCUUCGGGUUCAUUGGCUUUUUCAAUCAUUCUAACGCUCCUGUCGAGACCUGUCGCACAGGAGGACGGAUUUUACGCAGGUUUUGUAUUGAACUUGUAGUCCAGAGCGUCCAGCCAGGCCUUUCAUAGCACUCCGAACACGAAAUGGUUUGAUGAAAAAAGAGACACUCCGAAAACGGACGGUAGAAGCAACUCGCUGCUGUAUGUUUUCGUAAGAAUGUAGCGUAGCUUGUGUCAGUCGCUCGUGCAUUUUUAUGUUUCGUUGGCGGAUUUAGGCCCGUCGAAGUGUGAAUAUAAUCACGUAGACCGGAUUAAUAGAGGUAUUGUGAAAUAUUAAUGCUGCUUAUUUUGAAAUGCGCUGUGAAUUUCUGGACAGGUUUCUGUUUUGACAUCACCUCACUGUACGUCUCGUCUCAGACUCAAGAGUCACUCAGCUUCUUAUGUGCCUACACUUUUGAGGACGGCAUCGAACUGCAUGAUGGUCCGCCGUUGAUCACUUCCACACCCAUACCCACCGAAGUCACACGA